AGAGAAGAGAAGCAGAGGAAAUCAUGGAGAGAGAGGAACUGGAGAGAAAUGAACAAAGCAUGAACCCAGUACACAUGAUGCCAGAACAGAAUGGGAUAAUGUCUGCUCAACAAGAACUGAACCGCAUUGAUGAACAGUUCCAGAGGGAGAGAGCGGAAAGAGAGAGGAAAGAAGAGGAAGAGAAGAGAAGGAAAAGAGAUGAGGAAGAGGAGGCAGCAAGAAGACAGAAGGAGGAGGAGGAAGAGAGGAAAGGACCUCCUCCCAGCCUUGCUCCCAGGCCUUAUGGGAACAAAACUGUAUCUGCUUUCCCUGCUGAAGGUGCAAGAGUAUGUGCGUGACACGCGCCGGCAGCUGGAGCAGGAAAGGAACCAGCGGGCUGUGCUGGACAACAAGCUCAAACUGUCCAGCAAAGAGAAGGCCGAGCUCUCCAAGAAACUGGACUCGCUGACCCAGCACAAGUCCGAACUGGAACAGUCCAAGCUUGACCUGGAAGCUAAGAUUAGAUCCCUGGAAUAUGGAAUGACUGAAGAGGAAGAGAAGCGAAAGAAUGCAGAAAUUUUAUUGAGCAAGACAAAAGAUCAGCUUGCCAGAAGAGAAGAGCAGUACGCCAGGUAGGCUCUUCAUAAUGUGAAACUUGUGUACGCUCAUAUGGGACAAAUUCAGCAAGAAUAGACUUUAACCAUUGAUGCAGUAUAAAAGUAUCUAUUUGACCGGCACCAUAGAGUUAUUUGUCAUCCUCUCUAUAUUUUAAUAAUAGUAUUGAGGAAAUAUUCUGGUCAUUCGACGUCUCUAUAAGUCAUGCUGUUUUGGGAGCACUUCAAAAAAAAAUUUUGGUUUUGAAUUCAAAUUUUAAAAAAAUCUGAAAUUGAAAAAAGGCUGCAACAGCAUUACUGUGAAAUAUGCUAAUUCAGUGUUUCUGAUUUGUGUAUGACGGUUUUAAAUGUGCCGUAACACUGUCAUUGAUAUGCUGCCGAUCGGACAAAUAUUAUGUCCAGUAAGUUCUUAAAGACUUAAUAUUUGCUCAAAAUGUAUAUAUUAAAAGAAAAGGAAGACUAUCGUUAGUCUUCCACUUUGUUGUUCAAAAGAGAUAAUGAUUCAAAAGCGUGAAGAGUUAUUUAAAUGUCCUUUUUAACCUUUUUUGAAGUGUGAGUUUUUAGUGACUUUAUAGACAAUUUUGCCUUUGCCUACUGUGAUGUGUUAAGCUGUCUAUCUUAUUUUCAAUUGAAGUUAAAUUGUGUAAACUUUAUUGAGAGAGAUCAUCAGUGGAUGGGUGAUGGACAAAUGGACCCCUGCAUGCCAGUAGGGAGUGCAUGUCAUCUACCUGUGGAGGGGAAGACAACAUUUCUUUCUACUCUACUUUUCUAAGUGGGUCAAGUGCU